UCCAAGAGCUGUGCAUCUAUCGUCACUUCCGGCUCUGUGCUCCACUUCCGGCUUCCCCCAGUCCCGGAUGUUUACCUGUGUCUGAGCGUGACUGCUCGGUGUGUACGUAUCACUCUAAAAUGUCAGCGGCCACCGAUAUAAUGGCAGUUGUGCCAGGGGGCGGGGGAGAUCCAUCCGGCAUUGAUGAACCAAAAAAGAUGACCAGGGAAGAUUGGAGAAAGAAAAAGGAGUUGGAAGAACAACGAAAAUUGGGUAAUGCCCCAGCUGAAGUGGAUGAAGAAGGAAAGGACAUUAAUCCUCACAUCCCACAGUACAUCUCCUCCGUCCCAUGGUACGUGGAUCCUUCCAAACGGCCCACUUUAAAGCACCAGAGGCCACAAGACGAGAAGCAAACCGUGUACACCCCCAUGAUUGACUGGUACAGGAAAGGUGUUAAAGAGGGAUCAAUUGCAACAAAAUUUCGCCAGGGAGCGUGUGAAAACUGUGGCGCAAUGACUCAUAAGAAGAAAGAUUGUUUUGAGAGACCCCGGAGAGUCGCGGCGAGGUUCAGUGGCAUUAACUUAGCCCCAGAUGAGUACGAACAGCCGCAGCUUUUGUUGGACUACGAUGGCAAGAGAGACCGGUGGAAUGGCUACAACCCAGAAGAACACAUGAGGAUUGUUGAAGAACAUUCCAAAGUUGACUUGGCGAAACGGACAUUGAAGACUCAGAAGCUCCAGGAGGAGUUGGCCUCUGGAAGACUUCUGGAACAAGUGAGCUCCCCCAGACACCAGUGGGGAGAAGAUGAACAGAAUGCCCCGACAGAUCGCAACAGCGAAGACGAGGACGAAGAUAAAUACGCAGAUGAUAUUGAUAUGCCAGGGCAGAACUUUGAUUCCAAGAGACGUAUUACAGUCAGGAACCUGCGAAUCCGAGAAGACACUGCCAAGUACUUGAGGAAUUUGAAUCCAAACUCUGCGUACUACGAUCCAAAAACCAGAGCCAUGAGGGAGAAUCCAUAUUCUGAUGCAGGAAAGAAUCCCGACGAGGUCAGCUACGCUGGAGAUAAUUUUGUACGAUAUAGCGGGGACACAAUCACUAUGGCACAGACGCAGCUGUUUGCCUGGGAAGCCUACGAGAAGGGCUCAGAUGUCCACCUGCAGGCUGAUCCCACCAAGCUGGAAGUCUUAUGUAAAUCAUUUAAAGUAAAGAAAGAGGACUUUAAGGAAGACCAGAAAAAGAGCAUCCUAGAAAGAUACGGGGGAGAAGAGCAUUUGGACACUCCGCCCGUGGAGCUGCUUCUAGCUCAGACCGAGGAUUACGUGGAGUAUUCCCGACACGGCACAGUCAUUAAAGGCCAGGAGAAAGCCGCUGCGCGUUCUAAAUAUGAGGAGGAUGUUCUCAUUAAUAAUCACAGAUGUAUCUGGGGCUCGUACUGGAAAGACGGGAGAUGGGGCUACAAAUGUUGCCACUCCUUUGUGAAGAUGUCUUACUGCACCGGGGAAGCUGGUAAAAUCGUUGAUGAUAUUGAUCUUUGUGAAGAGGAACUGACAGUAACUGAAGAGAUGGCCAAACCAAAGACCUUAGUAGAGAUUCAUCAAAACAAGAUGAAAAAGAAGAAGAAGAAGCACCGUAAAAGUGGCGAUUCUGACAGUGACAGUGAAGAGAAGAAAAAGGAUAAACUAAAGAAGGCCCUGAAUGCUGAAGAGGCCCGCCUUAAGCACGUACAGGAAAUAUUGCAGAUGGAUGAGCGGAAGAGAGCAUACAACAGUAUGUACGAGACUCGGGAACCCACAGAGGAAGAAAUGGAGGCAUACAGAAUGAAAAGGCAGAGGCCAGAUGACCCAAUGGCCUCAUUUCUUGGACAGUAAUUCGGUUUCGGAGACCUUGCAGAGCGAUUCCUCCAGCACAUAUUUGUAUAUUCUUCGAGAGCUUUGUGGAACCAUAAAAAGAGAAAAGGAUUUUUUUUACAGUCUCUCAAUUAUACUGUGUAUAAUAGUGUUCUGUUUUAUCUCCUUAAAUACUUGCAAAUAAGUAAUGUAAAUAGAUUUGUGAACAGAUAUAAGCUGUUACCCUAGUGAGACGGGGCAGUGAGGCGGAUGUUAGGGUCUAGUGCUUUAUUCUACUCAUACAGUACGUUCUAUAUAACAGUCCUUAGAUACUGUAGCAACAGCUGUGAUAAAUCUCCCAGGACACGGAGCUGGUCAUUUAUUAUUAUUUUGUCUUAUCUCAAAUUCUGCAUUUGCAUAGUUGUUAAAUAUAUUGUGAUAUCUGCAAUAAAUGUAACUAUGCCCUGGUA